GUUUGGAAGGUUAUUUGUUUCCUCCCCAAGUCGUCUCUUUGUUCGUCAUCUUCCCCAGGCUUGACAGAAAAAAUCUUUCACGUCUCCCCCCUCGAAGACUUGAAUUCGGGAUAAAGUUACAACUUCCAGUACGAAGCAGGAUUUAUUAUCACCGUUUUUUUUUUCCGUCGGUUAACGGAUCGAUCCUUAUUUAUUUCCCGAAAGGCGCCUUUUUUUAUUCCUCGACUGCAAAGCAAUGAAUGCCGACGACUUUCAAAGGAGAAGCGCCGCGUGAAAAUUUGUUCAGUGAUUUUUUUUUUUUUUGAAAAGGAAAUACGUGGGACACAAAAUCCGGGAUGAAACGCAGCGUCACGUUCUGCUGCGGCUUUCUGAUUCUCUUGACGGUUUUUUCGGUGGGAAUUUCACGGGCUUCCGGCGACGACGACGUCGGUCAAGAGGAUGAGUCCAAAGUUUCCCAGGACGCGGAGUUGCUGAGAAAGAUCAGCAACAAACUCAGGGACCCGAGUUUGUCGCGGCAGCAGCGAGAGUUUCUCAAGUUGAUUAAAGCUGCAGGGGGAAGAAAGCCGUCUUCGGAGCAGACUGAGGAACCCGGAUCGACAGUUUACCAGGACCCAGAACCCAGGAAAAUAUUGUCCAGGAGCGAACGUGUUACGGAUUCCCCCAAGCAAGAUGCUCCUGUCGAUGCAACACGACGUUUCGCUCUACCAUUUCUCUCAAAGAAAACAUUUCGUCCCAGGCCGCAUUAUUGGAAACACAGGUGAUCACAAUCACGUAACACACGUGUGUAUACUGUAUUCCAGU